UGCGCCUCCUGGAUCAGAUUGUUGGCGCUGAUGUGAACUUGCACAAGUGAGGCAAACGGAAUGAGACCGCGUGUUAAUGUGCGCCACACCGCAUCCGGCUGUCCAUGCGCGUACAGCUGCGUCUGAUAUGAGCUCGGACUGCCAAAGUUACUACAGCAUAGAGAACGUGUUCGUGGAGGGCUUCACGUGUCCGAAAGCGGACAGUGACACCACGGCGCUUUUCUGCUGCGGGUUCAGCGACUUGAAGUACUGCUGCGAUGACCCCAACAGCUUUUUCCCCUACAAAUAUGGGUACAUGUGGUGGUUAAGUCUCGGAGCUCUCGUGGGUCUCUCUGUAGCAGCAGUGGUUCUUCUGGCCUUCAUCAUCACUCUGUGUGUCCUCUGCUAUCUGUUUAUUGCCACCAAACCCAGAAGCCUGGACAACGGGCUGCCGCUCCGAGCACCAGGUUCGACAUCGAGCCCUCAGGGACCAGGACUGAGACAUACUAAUGCCCCUGCUGGCCCACAAGGCCUCAGGAAACACUUCCUGAGGGGCAAGCUGGACUGUGACAACCAGCCCCCAGACCCUGACCGCCUUUUCCAGCGUUGCUUCAUGGCUACUGUGACAUCUGUUAACGUUGAGGGUCCUGCAUAGACUUAUGGACUAUUGGACCUUUUGGCCAGCUGCUUUUAUUUUGAUUCUUGUUGCCACUGGCUGCAUACUUGUUCACUACUGUAGUGUGUCCUUCCUCUUGAGAAGGCUACAGUUUGGCUGAAUUUGGAUUUAUAUGAAAUCUGAGCAAUCCUGAGAGGAAUUCUCUCUAUCUAAAAAUGUAAAUGUAUUAUUCUUGACAAACUGUAGCAGAGGAAUAAGAGGGAUGGAACUGUUGUCUCAGUUGCAGCAGAUUUGGGAUUUGUUAGUUUUAGUUUGGGGAGUCUUGUAAGUUAUCUGUGAUAUAUGUUUGUGUAGUGUGUCAAAGUCAGAGCAACACAAAACUUGCAAGCUGCCAUCAUUUAGUUGCCUGCUGGGUCUGUGCUGGGUAUUACAGGCAGUUUGAAGGAAUGAUUAAAUUAAAAGUUAUCAUAGUUAUAGCUUGUGAAUGUGGUGGUAAAUCUGCAGAAAAAUUUUGUUUGCUGACUGCAAAUCACAGGUAUAGAAAACAGAUUGGGUGAAAAAAAAUGUUUUAACUGGCUUCAGACAGAUCAGACGAGUGAGUUACCUCAUUUCUCUACAAAUUUCGAAGUUACCGACACAAACUUUGUUUCUUUAAAACAAAAAGAAUUCUUCACUUGUUUUCAAAAUUAGAUUGACUGAGAAAUAACUUAGGUAAAUAUAUUUUUAUGAUGAGUAACCACUGACAUCAUAGACUGUAGAGUGAUUUUGACAAGCACAGUCUUGGUGAACUGUUUACCUUUAUCUAAAUCUCUGAGGGCACAGAAUUUGCUGUGUCAAAUUUGUUUGUACUUGUUCUUUGUACUUCUGUUUCAGAAGGGGAAUGUCUUCAUGCAGCUUGGUCUAAAACUGCCACAUUUACAACAUCUUUAUUAAUAUGACAGAGUCUGAGUCGGUCCAUCAGCUCGGUCCAGAUAUAUAACUGUAAGGAGAGAUAUAAGAUUUUGAUUAAAUUAUGCUCAGGCAUUCAUGAGCUCCAGAAAAGAAUUCUGCUGACUCUGGUGGUUUUCUAACUAUAAAGCCAUGAGAUCCACAUUAUGGUUUUGAGUGACAAUGGCUUGCCAUGAGACUUGGUGUACUCCAGUGUGAGCCGUGAGCGGUGCUUGAUGAAAAAACAACCUUGUAUCCUUAUCUAGGUUUGUAUGCAAUGAAAAAAUCGAAACCUAACACAUUUUGAUAAAUGGGAAGGCAUUUUUCAGCUUCUGUCCAGGCUUCUGCACAUUUGAAGCCAGGAUGAGGACUUUAAAUUUUGGCAAUGAAAAUGAAAUUUGGCAUUAAAAACAAAACCUGAACUGAAAAAGGGAACAUCGGCAGUGUCAUUGUCUCCUCAGUUUCUGACACUGUUUUACAGUAGAGAGGAGUCUUUACUCUUUAAUUUCUCUCAUCUGGAAAGCUUGGCAUCAGAACAUACCCCUUAUCUACAGUAUUAUCUUCACAUCAGUUCUUGACCUGACCCAGCCUACAGGGAUACAAAACAAAGAUCUCAGUAAUUAUUUUUCCACUUGUUUCCUCUUGCUUAGGCCACCUGAGUGGCACAGACACACACUCAUGCCUCUCCAAAACUGUGUGCAUUUAGUACACACAGUUGUCACAGCUUGGAAACAUUCAGUGAUUAUUUAAAUCAUCUGAGAAAACACAGAAAUUUAACUGUUAACUGACAUUGUGAGCUUUUCUGACCGGGCAGCUGUUCUGAAAGUGCAAACUAGCACAUCUCUAAGUAUGUUAUUUGUUUUGAGAUUGAAGAGCUGUUAACAACUGUUUUGCUGGAUAAAAAAGCUUUUACCUGUAUUAACUGUAGCCUUCAGUUUGCAGAGUUACAACUGGCACUGGGCUCCAUACCACCAGCGGCAGUACCAGUCAGCUGCCUGUUCACUGUCUGCGGCAUUUUAUGUUGCUUAUGGCGCUGCCGCUCAGCCCCUUCCCCCAGUUUCCCCAGUGGCCACUUGUGGUAUUUCAACAAAAAUGCCCUUACAGCCCAAAAAGCACUUUGUCCAUAGACCGUGAUGAUAAAAGAAACGCCUGUAAAACUGUUGACAGGACACCUUCAAACCAGGUCAAGUGUCAUUCUUUGUAGUAUAUAUUUUUAUCUGUUGAGGUUUUGUUUGUAAAACUUCCCCAGCACUUGUACUGUAACAGUGAGCUUUAUUUUCGUGAUGUCACCACAGUCUAAUGCUCAUGAGCCAAGAGAAAGCCGGGGUGGGGGCAGCCCAUGGGUAUAUUAAGAGAGCUGUAUGUGAUGCUAUCGCUGUCCUUUAGCCCAAAAAGCAUACUUGUAAAAUGUCGACAGAUAAGUCAUUAACAUGUAACAUACUGGCUGCUACCUUUACUGUUGUUGUGCUGGCAAUUUAUGGUUUACAUCCGAUGAGUCUAAGAUGAGAAAGGUGAGUCUGCGGACCCAGUCCAUAUGUAAGGUUUAGAAAUCUGUGCACUCAGUUUAUUAAUCUGUGCUAUACUAAGCCCAUGGAUUAGUAAACCAAGAAACAUGAUUGUUUUACUAAACCCACAGAUUCUCACCUAUUCUUUUUCCUGUCACGUGACUCACUGGGGGCUCCAUGCAUUUGCUCCAUAGACCACAAUGACAAAAGAAAUGUCUGUAAAACUGCUGACAGGACACCUCCAACUGCAAAUGAGGUCAAUUAUCACUCUUUGUAUUACAGUAUGAAUUUAUUUUUAAUGUUUGUAAAACCUUCCCACAGCCAACAGAGGUGAGUCUUACUAUUGUGAUGUCACCACAAUGUAAAGUGUAUGAGCCAGUGUGUAGUAGGUGACACAGCAAGGAAGCAAAGAAAGCAAGAAAAUAUUGUUCAUCUUGACUGCAGCUUUCUGUCAUUGCCAUCUGCUCUUGUCUACUAUCCAGGUGAGAUGCAGCUCAUCUCAAGUGAGCCCAUUUACACCUGUGGGCCAGUUAACCUGGAGAAAACCCACGCGGGCGCACAGGAGAGCAUGCAUAGUCCUCCAGCCAGUUUGAACACUGUGUUUUGAUAACCACACCUCAUACUGUACUGCAUGCAUACAGUACAUCAGUUCUGUGCUUUAAGUGUGAGAGCUGUAGGAAGGACACAAUCUGGAUGAGCCUCCACUGUCUUCGUUUUUCCAGACAAAGUCAGACAAUCUGACUGGCUGAAUGUUUUUCUAACAGGCACAAGCAAAUGUCUUACUAGACUAGACCUAUUAGAAUUGCAGAACAAAUCUGAAAAGUCAACAAUUCAGAGGGCUGGAACUGUGCAGGCUAAUUUCCUUUGUUUCCCUUGUACAUUUUUGGAUAAUUUGAUUUCUUCAGACCUCUAAACAUGUGAAAGUGAUGGCAAUACUGUAAGUCACAAUUAGCAGUAGAACAGUGGUAAGUUAUAAUUAAUGACAAUAAAUAGAUUGUUGUCAUUCCGUUUAGUGUCAUUAAUUUCUAGGAGCAAUGCAGAUUCCAAGGACCAAACCUUAAGGCUACUGGAGGGGUCAUGGGAGUUUGCCCAGCCAGUGAACAUGUGUUUUGAGGACUUGGAGGAAGCCUGUGACCUUGUCCCUAAGGGGGUCUUUCAGGGGGUACUGUAGCAGUACAGGUGCUGGAACCAUUGUUAUGAGCCAUUUGGUCCUUAAAUAUAACCCAUCUAAGAUUUGUGUCCGUGUUCUGUAAUCUGCAUGCAUCUCAGCUGUCGGUCAGAUGCUCAUAUCUGAGAACUCUUUGCUUUGUUUCAGUUAUAUUGUACCUGUGGAUUCUCAUGUGCACUGACUGUUCAGUGCAUAUGAAAGAAUAUUCAUGUAGUAUCAAUCUUUGUCAAAGCUUUUUAGUGACGUUUAGCAGC